UUACACACUCACUGUAUUUGUAUUUUUAUUUUUGUUUUCUCUUUUUUAAUUAACACCUACUUCCCUUUCUCUUUCUCUUUCUCUCCAAAAUCCCACACCCUGCAUCGCUAUUUCUCUCACUCACUCACUGUUCCUCUCGAAUGCUGAAUCUGAACCACACCCAGUGAUCUGCAGGGUGGAAAACAGGGUAAAGAUUUGAGCUUUGGGGAAAGAGAAAAAGGAAAACCAUCAUGAGAGAGGCAAUGUGAGGGAAGGUUCUCAGCUUUCGGAAAUGGUGGCUGCCAUUUCGGAACGCCCAUUGACCUCUUCUGAGAAAGACAACAACAGCAGCAAUGGCACCAUACCCAGGAGACCAAAGGGUAGGCAAGUUUCUUCAAGGUACAUGUCUCACUCUCCUUCACCCUCGCCUUCUUCGACCACAACGACAACAACAACAACUUCAACCUCAACAUCAACGACAAGUUCUUCUUCUCGUCGAUUCCCUUCCCCUCUUCUUUCUCAUUCCACCAAUUCCUCCACCCCUUUGGUACCAAAGCGUUCCCAAUCGGUGGACCGCCGCCGCCCGCGCCCCGCAACGCCGCUUCCCGAGGCGGCAAAGCUCCUGGUGACUUCCACUCGGAGCCUGUCGGUUUCCUUUCAAGGAGAGGCCUAUUCGCUGCCCAUUAGCAAGACCAAAGCCACCGCCGCCACCCCUCCGCCGCGGAAGGCUGCCACGCCUGAGCGACGGAGGGCCACUCCGGUGAAGGGGGAGAAUUCAAGGCCGGCGGAUCAGCAUCGGUGGCCGGCGAGGACCAGGCAAGUGGAUCAUCUUUCCAGGAGUGUGGAUAUCAGUGAUAAGAAGAAGGUUGUUGGGAAUGGGUUUGGGAAAGUGGUGAGGGAUUUGCAGAAGUCAAUGGUGGUGGAAGGUGAAAAGAGAAGGGCUUCUUUUGAUGGGUUAGGAGGGUUGAGUUUGGAUUUGGGGAAAGUUGAGUUGUUGAAGGGUGAUAGUAAUGCUAAUAAUAAUUCUAUUACCAAUGCUAAUAAUCAUAAUAAUAAUGAUGGUGGUGGUGGGAAUUUGGUGAGUAAGUCUUCCGUGUCUUGUGAUCUCACUGCUUCUGAUACUGAUAGUGUUUCCUCUGGGAGCACUUCCGGAGCACAUGACUCUUCCGGGGCUGUGAAGGGCCCUAAGGAGCCUCGUGGCAUUGUCAUGUCUGCCAGGUUUUGGCAGGAAACUAAUAGUCGGCUUCGCCGGCUGCAGGACCCUGGUUCACCCUUGUCCACCAGCCCUGCUUCUAGGAUUGGGUUGCCAAACAAAAAUGCUCAGUUGAAAAGAUAUAACAGUGAUGGUCCUAUGUUGUCGCCACGAACUGUGGCUUCUCCUGUCAGGGGGAGUGUGAAUGCUCGGCCUGCUUCGCCGAGUAAGCUUUGGGCAGGAUCCUCUCCGUCAAGAGGGAUGCCUAGUCCUGCUAGGGUGAGAAGCACAGUUGCCAGCUCCAUCAAUAGUGGUUCGGGUAACUCACCAUCCAUUCUUAGCUUCUCAGCUGAUGUGCGGAGAGGGAAGAUUGGGGAAGAUCGGAUAUUUGAUGCACAUACAUUGAGGCUUCUGUAUAACCGGUAUGUGCAGUGGCGGUUCGUGAAUGCUAGGGCGGAUGCUACAUUUAUGGUGCAGAAACUAAAUGCUGAGAGACAUUUGUGGAAUGCAUGGGUAACAAUUUCAGAACUUCGGUAUUCAGUCAUACUUAAAAGAAUCAAGCUUGUAUUACUGAGACAAAAGUUGAAGUUAACUUCCAUUCUUAAAGGACAGAUUUCUUAUUUGGAGGAAUGGGCACUUCUAGAUAGAGAUCACUCCAGUUCUUUGCUUGGAGCAACUGAAGCUUUGAAGGCCAGUACACUCCGUCUUCCGGUUGUUGAAAAAGCAAUAGCUGAUGUACCAAAUCUAAAGGAUGCUUUGGGGUCAGCAGUUGAUGUGAUGCAGGCAAUGGCAUCCUCAAUAUACUCUCUUUCUUCAAAGCAGGUGGAAGAAACUAACUGCUUGGUGGCGGAAAUCCUAAAGGUGACCUCAAAAGAAAGGUUUUUGCUUGAACAUUGCAAGGAGUUUUUGUCCUCGUUAGCAGCCAUGCAGGUCAAGGAUUGUAGCUUAAGAACACAUACGUUACAACUUUCUCGUGCGCCAAAUUCAAGCUGCCUGACAACACGUGUGUAGAACUGAUCUUAUUUGACUGCUCACUCUUAAUGCUAACACUACUCCCAGCCUUUUAUUUUCCACGGGGUGGAGAUAUAACACCGAAGGUAAUAAGAAUGGAACGGAGUUAAUAGCUAGCUUUUGGUGUUCAUUUGACAUUUUUGAAACCUGUUGUGGCCUUGUAUGUCGUGUGUAGUAUAUCUUUGUGUCUGAAUAUUACAAUUUACAAAGGAAAAGAGGUGGCUUUUCGCUCACUAGUUAGCUAGCUGUAUACAAUUUACCUUGUCAUUUGAGGAAAAGCGGGUGGCUAUGUAUAUAUCUAUAUGUAAUCAACUAAUCAUUGUUUAUUAGGUAGUUUGCUGCUUAGAUCUUCAUUUCAAUCCCUGGUAUAUGUCUUUACUGUAUUUUGUCAAUGUAGUUUUAGCAACCAGAGA